AAAAAAGAAAAAGUGUUUGAUCGUCCCAUGGUGGAUCUGUUACUUUCCUCGUGUACUUAGACAUAUCUCUCUCUCAUCGUUGAAACCAGUUGCAGUUGUGGAUCAGAGAUUUUUGGAUGUAUAUGAAUCUGAAUUCCGUUAAUUGAAGCCGUUGUUUGUUGUUCGUAAUGAUGGCGGCUCCGAGAAAUCUUGCGGUGAGGGACGAGGAGAACGCCAAGGUAGUCGCCGUGGAGGAGACAGAAGAUGACGAAGAAGAUGAGGAUUGGUCCACCGGAAAAAAACCCAAGUCGAGAUUGCCCCUCACGCGCUGGGAAGUCGCCGCCGCUCUCUCUGUUUUCUUUAUUUUCUCCACCGGCCUUUUCUGCGUCUACUUAACCAUGCCCCCCGCCGAUUACGGCAGACUCAAGCUCCCUCGUUCCGUUUCCGAUCUCCGGUUGCUCAAAGAUCUCGUCGGGAGUUACGCCACGGAUUAUCCAGCUCAGUUCAUUCUUGGGUACUGCUCUAUUUACAUCUUCAUGCAGACAUUCAUGAUUCCUGGGACUAUAUUUAUGUCGUUGCUCGCCGGAGCUCUUUUCGGAGUUGUCAGAGGGAUUGUGUUGGUUGUCUUCAACGCCACGGCCGGAGCUUGUUCGUGUUUCUUUCUCUCCAAGUUAAUUGGAAGGCCUUUGGUCACUUGGCUCUGGCCCGACAAGUUGAGGUUCUUUCAGGCCGAGAUUGCGAAGCGGAAGGCGAAGCUGCUCAACUAUAUGCUGUUUCUGAGGAUAACUCCAACGUUGCCAAACCUUUUCAUUAACUUGGCAUCCCCCAUCGUUGACAUACCCUUCCACAUUUUCUUUCUUGCAACUUUUAUUGGUCUUAUUCCGGCGUCUUAUAUCACUGUCAGAGCUGGCCUUGCUCUUGGGGAUCUCAAGUCAGUCAAGGACCUCUACGAUUUUAAAACAUUGUUUGUUCUUUUCCUUAUUGGUUCAGUGAUUAUAUUUCCAACAUUACUGAAAAGAAAGCGGAUCUAUGAAUGAAAGUUAGGUUGGUAAGGACUCCAUUUCACGAUUCUCUCCAAAAUUGGUCUCAUGUUAUAGGCAAACUGUUGUAUUUAUUCAAGUAUCUAAAGGGGUUGUAUCUGUUUGUCGAUGUAGGCUACUCGAAAACAUUCUUUACUAGGCAUCUGCUACGGGGUUAAAUUGAUGCUCUUUAAGAUAUGUAAAGUGCAUAUGAACAUGACAUUGCUCUUACGCAUGUGUCACGGUGAUAAUCUUCGUAAAAUGUUCUUCCAAUUAUAUAGCAUAGCUCAAAGAAUCUUCUUGGCUUA